UAAGAACUAGGAACUAUGGCGGAAAAUGUGGUAAUUGAUUUCAAAUUGAGCAAAGCGGAGUGGGAGAACAAUAAGGAAAUUCAAAUAUUCCAAGAAUAUCUUCGAAUUCCCACCGUGCAUCCAAACAUCGAUUUUACUACUUGCUUGGAAUUCCUAAGACGCCAGGCAGCAGAUCUUGGACUGUCUGUUGAUGUGGUUUAUCCUAGCAACGAGAAGAAUCCCGUGUUGAUUAUGAAAUGGGAAGGCAGCCAGCCCGAGUUGCCUUCAAUCAUACUCAACUCUCACAUGGAUGUGGUGCCCGUUUAUCCCGAGAAGUGGACGCACGAUCCUUUCAGUGCUUACUUGGAUGAUGAUGGCUGCAUUUAUGCUCGAGGUGCACAGGACACCAAGGAGAUUGGCACUCAAUAUCUGGGCGCAAUUCGUGCUCUCAAGGCAACUGGCUUUCAGCCAAAGCGCACUGUUUAUGUAACCUUUGUACCCGAUGAGGAGGUGGGAGGUUAUCUGGGCAUGCGUGAGUUUGUCAAGACGGAUUACUUUAAGAAGAUGAACGUAGCAUUCAGCUUGGAUGAAGGAUCGCCCAGCAGGAAUGAGGUGUACAAUCUCUACUAUGCAGAGCGCACUGCGUGGCCCAUUCGCUUCGAGAUCAGCGGCGCUUCGGGACAUGGCUCGAUGCUGUUUCCCAAUACAGCUGGCGAAAAGUUCCAAUACAUAUUGUCAAAAAUGAACGAAUUCCGCACUUCACAGGUCAAGUUACUAAAAGAUAAUCCCAAGCUGAUGAUUGGCGAUGUAACCACAGUGAAUCUGACUAAAGUUAGCGGUGGAGUGCAGAAUAAUGUCGUUCCUCCAAAGCUGGAAGCAGUCUUUGAUUUGCGCAUUGCUGUCACACAAGAUGCGGCUGCUUUGGAGCAACAAUUCCGUGAUUGGUGCGUUGAGGCAGGCGGCGGCAUUGAGAUUGUCUUUGAGCGCAAAGAUGACUUCUCGCCAGCCACAAAUAUUGAGGCAACGAAUCCGUUCUGGACAGCCUUUCAACAGGGUUUGGCUGAGCUCAAUAUCAAAGUCAAACCAAGUGUUUGUCCUGGCGUCACAGACAGUCGCUAUCUGCGCACCAAAGGAGUCUCGGCGCUUGGCUUUUCGCCGCUGAACAACAACACAACAGUGCGUAUACAUGAUCACGAUGAGUACAUACGAGCAGAUGUCUAUCUAUAUGGCAUCGAGGUCUAUAAGAAAGUUAUCCCAGCUAUACGCACGUUGUCAAUUAACAAAAUGAGCAAAGCCGAGUGGGAAAACAAUGAGGAAAUAAAAAUAUUCCGCGAAUAUUUGCGCAUUCCUUCGGUACAUCCAAAUGUGGAUUACACACCUUGUGUGGAGUUCUUGCAACGACAGGCAGCUAGUCUAGAACUGCCUGUGGAAAUUGUUUAUCCGGUGAACAAGCAAAAUCCGGUUGUGCUCAUCAAAUGGGUAGGAACAGAGCCCGAGUUGCCCGCCAUCAUUCUCAACUCUCACAUGGAUGUUGUGCCCGUGUUUCGCGAGAAAUGGACUCACGAUCCCUUCGCUGCUGAGAUUGAUGACGAGGGACGCAUCUUUGCUCGAGGCACGCAGGACACCAAGGAGAUUGGCACACAGUAUUUGGGUGCAAUUCGUGUGCUAAAAGCGCAAGGAUUCAAGCCAAAGCGCACGGUUUAUGUGAGUUUUGUACCGGAUGAAGAAGUGGGCGGUUAUUUGGGCAUGCGUGAGUUUGUCAAGACGGAAGAUUUUAAGAAGUUGAACUUGGGAUUCAGCAUGGAUGAGGGUUCAUCCAGCUUGGAUAGUGGCUACUACGUUUACUAUGCAGAGCGCACUGCCUGGCAUCUACGUUUCAAGAUCAGCGGUACUGCUGGCCAUGGCUCCAUUCUGCUGCCCAACACAGCAGGUGAAAAGUUCACAUUUAUCAUAGAGAAAAUGAUGCAAUUCCGCAAAACAGAAGUUCAGCGUAUGGCGAGGGACUCUCAGCUUUUCUUUGGCGAUGUGACCACCAUUAACAUGACAAUGGUCAACGGAGGUUUGCAGAAUAAUGUGGUGCCUGCUCAGUUGGAAGUUGUUUUCGAUCUGCGCAUUGCCAUUGAUGUGGAUCUGGAGGCACUUGAGAAGCAAAUACGCGAUUGGUGCGUCGAGGCUGGAGGUGACAUUGAGUUGGAGUUUGAGCAGAAAGAUGAAUAUGUGCCGCCCACAAAAGUCGAUGAUUCGAAUCCCUUCUGGCUAGCCUUCAAGCAGGCAGCUGAAGAACUCAACAUUGAAAUCCGUCCUCAUGUCUGUCCUGGCAACACGGACAGUCGCUUCUUGCGCUCGAAUGGCAUUCCGGCUCUUGGUUUCACGCCCAUCAAUAACACGCCCAUUUUGCUGCAUGAUCAUGAUGAAUACAUUCGUGCCGAUAGCUAUUUGCAUGGCAUUGAGGUCUACACGAAGGUAAUUGCAGCCAUUGCGAAUGUUUGAGCACACAUUAAGUAUACGCCACCAUUUUAGACAUAAUUAAUCAUUAAAUUUCCAAGGUAUUAUUUAAUGCGUUAGCUAAUUAAUAAAUAAAUUUGUCGGUAAAUAAAAACAAUCAUUCAAGUGAAACAUGCUUGAAUCACGUUGUAA